AUGUGCGACGAGGCGUAUGGUGAUGGGCACGAGCAGGUGCAGCCACCGUUGUCACAUUCAGCCCUCCCAACCCCCCAGUUCUCUCGCCUCGCACACUCCUCCCUCCCCUCUCUGAAGCGCCAGAAGCCACAACCCACCUUCCUCUCCUCAGCCCGCUCUUUUGCCCACUCAAACCGCUCUCAAAACCAGCAGCAGCAGGCAGGGCAUGCAGGGGGGCAGGUGCAAGUGCGUGUGUCGGGUCGCAAGGCUGCUUUUGUGCUGGCUCCGAAGCACCUUCCUGGCAUGCACGACCCUGGUAGCACACAGAGCAAACCCGUGUCAUCUGCUCGCACCUCGUUGCCCUCGUGUGCUUCUCCUCCCCGUCCAUCGCCCUCCGGUGCUCCUCUCGUGGCCAUGGGUCCCGAUGGCAGGGGUGGGGUGCAACGGAUACUCAAGCUAAGCAGCACCGAGCUUUCACGAUCCGCACUUCCCGCCAAGCGCAAGCCGGCGAAGGGCAAGGCACAUACUGCUCCAAGAGCGAAGGACAUGCACCGCAUAGACGGGAUGCCGCGCCUGCCUGCUGACGUGCUCGACUCGCUGCACCGCAACGGCGUUGGGCUCAAAGGCGGCCUCGCCACACCCGUGGGCGGCGGGGUGAGCUCUCUCAACAUGCGUCUACGUCAGGAGCUAGACCUCUUCGCCAACCUCGUCUUCUGCCAUGACAUUCCCAUCGGCACCAAACGCCCACACCACCAUGGCCCCGCCACCACACCUUCCUCUCACGCCCACGCCGAUGAAAGUUCACACGAGAGGGCUGAAAGUAAUGCCGGAGAACUGGGGGCGGGGGCAGGGGCGGGCGAGCAGGGGCAGGGGCAUGCGCGAAGAGACGUGGCGGAAGCGCUUCGGCGGCGGCCGCAGGGGGUGAACAUAGUGGUGGUGCGGGAGAACACGGAGGGCGAGUACAGCGGGCUGGAACACGAGGUGGUGCCGGGCGUUGUUGAGUCGCUCAAGGUGGUGAGCAAGUUCUGUUCGGAGCGCAUAGCUCGUUACGCCUUCCAGUACGCGUACCUCAACGGCCGCCGGGCAGUGACAGCGGUGCACAAGGCCAACGUUAUGAAGGUCUCUGACGGGCUCUUCCUCGACUCCUGCCGCCAGGUGGCUCAGUCCUACCCGCAACUGCGCUACAGUGAGAUCAUAGUGGACAACUGCUGCAUGCAGCUUGUGCGCCGCCCCCAGCAGUUCGACGUCAUGGUGACGCCCAAUCUCUACGGCUCUCUGGUCGCCAACACAGCAGCAGGCAUCUGUGGGGGCUCUUAUCUCAUGCCCGGAGGCAACGUGGGCGACAACGCAGCGGUGUUCGAGCAGGGAGCAUCAGCAGGCAACGUGGGCAACGAGCGCAUGGUAUCAGAGCGCACAGCCAACCCCACGGCUCUUCUGCUCUCAGCAGCCAUGAUGCUGCACCACCUGCACCUGCCGGUGUUUGCGGACCGAGUGGAGGGGGCCGUGAAGGGCGUGCUGGCGGAGGGGACUGUGCUUACCCCGGAUAUGGGCGGCAGGGCCACCACUCAGGAUAUGGUUGAUGCGAUCGUGGAUAGGCUGGGGUGA